AUGGCGACAACUACAGAUACCAAGAACUACAAGUUCAACCACUCAAUGCUGCGGGUGAAGGAUCCCAAAGCUUCCGUCAAGUUCUACGAGUUCCUGGGCAUGUCCGUGGUCAAGCAGCUGCAGUUCCCCGAAGCCAAGUUCGACCUCUACUUUCUGGGCUACGACUCGCCGAGCGCAGCGUCGCACGGCAACUCGGUGUUUGACCGCGAGGGAUUGAUUGAGCUGACGCACAACUAUGGCACCGAAGACGACGAGACCUACACCAUCAACAAUGGCAACAAGGAGCCGCACCGCGGCUUUGGCCACGUGUGCAUUAGCGUCGACAAUAUCCAGGCCGCGUGCAACCGCCUCGAGCAGGCUGGCUACAAGUUCCAAAAGAAGCUGACCGACGGGCGCAUGAAGCACAUUGCUUUUGCUCUCGAUCCCGAUGGCUACUGGGUCGAGAUUAUCAGCCUCAAGGCGGGCACCAAGGGCGCCGACGACCCCAAUGAGCCCAAGGACCCUAGCCAGACAGAUGUGUCCAAGUAUCGCAUGAACCACACCAUGAUCCGCGUCAAGGACGCAGAAAAGAGUCUCAAGUUUUACCAGGAGACGCUGGGCAUGUCGCUCUUCCGGACGGUGGAGCAAGAGGCAGCCGGCUUCAACCUCUACUUUUUGGGCUACCCCGGCGACAAGGGCAUACCCGCCGACGGCUUCACGGCCGAGCGGGAAGGCCUCUUGGAGUUGACCUGGAACUAUGGCACGGAAAAGGACGAGAGCUUCAAGUACCACAAUGGCAAUGACCAGCCGCAGGGAUUCGGUCACAUUUGUGUCACGGUGGACAACAUUGACGCGGCGUGCCAACGAUUCGAGUCACUCAACGCCGACUGGAAGAAGAGACUGACUGACGGCCGCAUGAAGAAUGUUGCAUUUCUGUUGGAUCCUGAUGGCUACUGGGUCGAGGUUGUCCAGAAUGAGCGAUUUGCCGGCAAGGACAACUUCUAA